AUGGGGGACAUGUCCAACAGCGAUUUUUAUGCCAAGAACCAAAGAAAUGAGGGCAACCAUGCGGCAGGCUUCGGCUGCUCGCUCAUGGAGCUGCGCUCGUUGAUGGAGCUGCGUGGCACAGAGGCGGUGGUCAAGCUCCAGGAGGACUACGGGGGAGUGGAGGGACUGUGCAAACGACUGAAAACCUCACCCACAGAAGGUCUUGCAGGUGCCCAAACUGACCUGGACAAGAGAAAAGAAAUAUUUGGUAAAAACCUGAUACCUCCAAAAAAGCCAAAAACCUUCCUGCAGCUGGUAUGGGAGGCCCUGCAGGACGUCACACUCAUCAUCCUGGAGAUUGCUGCCCUGAUCUCCCUGGGCCUCUCCUUCUACCACCCUCCCGGAGAGAGCAGUGGAGAGUCCUGUGGCGCGGCGGCAGGUGGAGUAGAGGACGAGGGUGAGGCAGAUGCUGGCUGGAUUGAAGGCGCCGCCAUCCUGUUGUCCGUAGUAUGCGUGGUGCUGGUGACGGCCUUCAACGACUGGUCCAAGGAGAAGCAGUUUCGUGGACUGCAGAGUCGCAUUGAACAGGAGCAGAAGUUCCAGGUGGUCCGCGGGAGCCAGGUCAUACAGCUGCCUGUGGCCGACAUAGUAGUGGGAGACAUCGCGCAGAUCAAAUAUGGUGAUCUGCUUCCUGCUGAUGGAGUGUUGAUCCAAGGCAACGACCUGAAGAUUGAUGAGUCAUCAUUGACCGGAGAGUCUGACCACGUCAAGAAGUCUGCAGACAAGGACCCCAUGCUGUUAUCUGGGACCCAUGUAAUGGAGGGGUCAGGGCGCAUGGUGGUGACUGCUGUCGGUGUCAAUUCUCAGACUGGAAUCAUCUUCACCCUGCUGGGGGCUGGUGUGGAGGAAGAGGAGAAGAAAGAAAAGAAAGGAGGGGCAGUGGAAGACGGACACCAGAACACAGACUGCUCCCAUCCCCCUAUCCACCCCAUCGCAACUAUAGCCACGGAUGGGGCUGCAGGCAUUAAUGCCCCAGGCAGUGCCAGCCUAAUUAAUGGUAAAAUGCAAGAUGGCAAUAUGGAGAGCAACCAGAUUAAAGUGAAGAAGCAGGAUGGAGCAGCUGCCAUGGAGAUGCAGCCUCUAAAGAGUGCUGAAGGCGGAGAGUCCGAUGAGAAAGAGAGAAAGAAAACGUCAGUUCCAAAGAAAGAGAAGUCUGUGCUGCAAGGGAAGCUGACCAAACUGGCUGUCCAGAUUGGCAAAGCAGGUUUGCUUAUGUCGGCCAUUACAGUCAUCAUCCUGGUCCUAUACUUUGCCAUUGACAACUUUGUGAUGCAGAAGCACCCCUGGAUGCCAGAGUGCACUCCCAUCUACAUCCAGUACUUUGUCAAGUUCUUCAUCAUCGGUGUGACUGUGUUGGUUGUGGCUGUGCCAGAGGGACUACCACUGGCUGUCACCAUCUCCCUGGCGUACUCUGUCAAGAAAAUGAUGAAAGACAACAACCUGGUGCGUCACCUGGAUGCGUGUGAAACGAUGGGCAAUGCUACGGCCAUCUGCUCGGACAAAACAGGCACCCUGACCACCAACCGCAUGACAGCUGUGCAGUGUUACGUUGGAGAUGUGCACUACAAAGAAAUCCCGGAUCCUGGAACUUUGCCACCAAAAUCACUGGAAUUACUGGUCAAUGCCAUCUCCAUCAACAGUGCCUAUACCACCAAGAUACUG